GAGAGGAGGAGGGGGCUGUGAGGAGGGGCUGUGAUAAAAGGAGGAUAAAGGGUGUGGCAAUAUAUAGGGCAUCCCAACCGCCUUUUUCCCGUUACUUUCGACUGCGCUUGUCUUUCACCUCCUCAUCCGCUUGCUCUGAACGUGCCCCGGGUCAACUCUGCCACCAUCAUGUCUGUUCUAGAUAGCAUCGGUUUUCUCAUCGCUACCUUCGAAAAGUAUGCUGGGGAAGAUGGGGACAAACGCACCCUGUCCAAGCCGGAGCUUAAAAAACUGAUUCAAACUGAGCUGAAAGGUUUAAUAGCGGCAUCCAAACCAGGUGAGGUAGACAAACUAAUGGAUGACCUGGACCAUAACAAGGACAAGUUGGUGGAUUUCCAGGAGUACAUGACUUUCAUGGCUGCCGUAACAAUGAUUUGCCAUGAGUUCUUUACAAAGCAGUAGGGCAUUACCGCCAUCUUGUGGUCAUAAUGUGUUAUUUGAAUGCAGCUAUUGAUCCAACUAGUCAGAGUAAACUGUACUCUACUGCUAACAUAAUAAAAAAUAUUCAAAAACA